AUGAAUACUGUUGACCUCGUCCGCUGUAAUUUCUCCACUCUCCUCCAGCCUGGGCUCAAUGAAGUAAAUGUGUGCUUCUCACAACAGCAUGUAUCACUACCGGACAAUCCCUGGGUGAAAGAUGUUGGUAUCAAUGGGAAUGGAAAGUAUUUUGUCGUCGACGGUCCGAUUGAUACGUCAUCUGUAAGUUUUGGCUCCUUCAACAUCCUCGUGGCAAACACAUCCCCGAAACCAAUACCAUUACGAAGUUAUGAGCCCAUAGGCCGGAUCGUCAAUGGCGGUGGUGAAAAAGUCUCAGACUCUCUACGUGCUGAGCUCAGAAAGGAGAAAGAGAAGCUGGAUGAGGCCCGUGAGGAAAUUUUUCGUGAUCCUGAUCGUGAUUUGCCGCCUACAGGAGAUCGAACUGGGCCGAGGCGAGAUGAGCAGUACGCGGCUGAGGUGCUCAAGGCCAUAAAGUUGGAGGAAUGUAAUGACCUAUCUGCUGAGCAACGGGCUGAUCUGAAGUUACUUAUAACUAAGUACUGCCGAGCCUUCCAUCUGCCAGGUGAAAUAUUCAGUGAGAUUGAGGGGUACAAGCAUCGUAUUGAGACGGGUGAUCACCCACCAAUCUACUGUACUCCUUAUGCCAUCCCAGAGAGCCAGGUGCAGUUCGUGAAAACUGAACUAGAUCGGAUGGUGGCCGAAGGGAUUUGUAGACCAAGUAAUAGUCCGUGGAGCUCUCCUGUCUUGAUUGUGAGUAAGAAGGAUGAGCAUGGCGAGAAGGUUCGCCCUAGACUUAUUUGCUCUGUGAGAGCGAUAGUAGGGGGCCAUAUCCCUCUUGUGGCCUACAUGGACGAUCUGCUGGAUCAUCUGGCCCAUCUCGCUCGAGUCUUUGAAAGGUGUCUCGAGAAGGGCAUUCGUCUCAAACCUUCCAAGUGUCAUUUCGGACUGCCUCAGAUCGAUUAUGUUGGCCAUCGUGUAUCCAGAGAAGGCAUUUCCCCUGAUCCCUCAAAGGCGAAGGAGAUCUCUGCUAUCAGUACUCUGACCAGUAAGCCUCAAUUGCAAGCCUUUCUGGGUCUGAGUGGCUACUACCGACUCGGUAGUACCGAGAUCAUAUACGUGACUAUGCUUCCCGUACAUUUCACCUUCGUCGACUUACUCGUGAAAAUGUCACGUGGCGAUGGGGUGACGUUGAGCAGUCAGAGUUUGAAGAUAUAA